CUUAUUAUUCCUGAAACCAGGGAAAUAUUUUGAUGUGGAUACCUAUAGAAAAAUGAUACCCAUCUAAUCGUUUUGUGUAAUCGGAAAGACAAUCAGAUAAAUCCACACUCUCAUUUAAUCUGAUUGAAGUUCACUUCAUGCACUAAUAUUCGUCUUUCAUCAUUUCAAUUUCGUCCUUUGCUUUCAGUAAUCUUAUUUAAAAAAAAAACAAACAUGAAAAUCAUAUUCGCUAUUGUUGUAGUUCUCUCAGCAGUGAUUUUAUUGGACAUCGUUUCUGUUAUAAGUACGAGUAAUAAUACCCCUGAUUAUGAAAAGCUGAAAGCGGAAUGCGGAAGUGAAGAUCUAAUCCGUUAUAUCAAUAAUCUCGAGAAAGAACGCGAUGAAUUUCGGGAAAUGGUUGACGUAUUUGUAGAACGCUGAUGUGAACAAUCAAUUGCAAUCAUAGGGUACUUGGACAAAAAAGUACCAUAAUCACAAAUAGGAUCACGCUCUUGUCUAUUAUAAUAUGAUUUGGGGAAUGACAGAAACAUAUCAUACAAAUUACCAGCUUUUCUUUCGCUAACUUUAACAUUGAGACGAUCUUUGGGGUAUAGCCAGUAGUUGUUAAUGGACAAUUGCACAUUUUCUACAUUAAAUAAUUCAAAUUGACUCAUUCUUUUAUUAAUACUGUAGCUAGAGUCUUUUUGAAACGCUACAAUAACCCACUUUACACGGGAAUAGGCAACAGGUAUUUCCCAGGUGUACUCUGUAGAUUGAGCAGGGAUUGCUGUGCAUUGAUAUAACCAAUGACGGUAAAACAUAGUAAAAUUAGUAUUACCCAAUACUUCUUUUCUCAACUUAAUUUCUUUAUCUAUUCGAAGUUUUACAUGUCUCAUUCGCCAAAUAAUUUCUUUAAAUAUCACAGUGACAUUAUACCCUGUAUUAUCUGAAUACAUCAUUAUAUUGUCAGAUGCAGUAGUAUUAUGAAAUAUCAAGGAUUGUGGUACACGUACCAUACAUUGACGAAAAUCUUCAAAGAAACCCAUCACUUCACUCAAUGGUUUUAUUAUAGUGAAGUAUCCUUGAUCAUUGAUCAGGUUAUUUGACGAAUUAGGAUAUAUAUCCCAACCAGAUAAUGAGCGUGACAUAUUUGGUUGAAAAGAUAAUAAACCUUUCAUAGUUGUAGCCGUUCCUGGUUUUCUAAUGUCAUCAAUUUUAUUGUCACCAAUUUUAUACUCAAUGUGAUCAAAACGAUGUAAAAUACCAUUUGUAUCAAAAGCAAUUUUAGUGGGAUCAAUAGGCUUUACAUUUUUAGUAGCGGUUUCAGUUGUUUCUUCAAGUUUGAUUUGACCUGUGAAAACUAGUACACUUUCACAAGGUAAUGUUAUGAUGUCCUCACUAUAUAUAGUGAUUGGAAAUUCCCCACCAGCCUGAUUAAUAUCUUCAGAUUGUGGUGGUUUAUAAUCAUUAUACUCAAAAUGUUCGAUGAAAUCAUCAUAAUUUUCUUCAAUAUGUGCCAUUGAAAUAUUAUAUCAAGUUAGCAUUCAUGUACUACUAUUUAUAGUUUUUUUGAAAGAAUUCUUUGUAUAAGUCAUACAAUUGUACACGAUUUUUAAUACCAGUCAUGUGGUAGCCUGAGUUUUUAUACAGGAAUCAAACUUUUUCUUAUAUUUACAUUUUUCACUUUCCACAUCAAUCACAAGAAAACCAUAUGGUUCAUACCAACAACUAUUACAUAUGGAACGGAACUUAUCAAAUGUGACAUCUGUUACAUAUUCAGUGUAAACCUGUCUCAAGUUGACUAAAUCUUGUCUAAAUAAGAUGACAUAAUUAAAGUUUUCACGAAUACCACUCUUUUUUGGUAUUUUAGUGUAUGUUUGACUUAGGUAAAAACAUGAAAUAUUUCUGUGUCUACCUCGCAGAAAAAAAUUUGCUACUUUAUCUUGCUUCUCUGUCAAUAUGUCAUCAAAUAUGAUUAUUGAAUCAUUUUCCAAUUCUUCAGGCUCAGGUAGGAUUUCAGAAGCUACCUCAUGAAUGUUAAUCAUCUGCUUUUUACUUUUCUUCCCUUUAUUGUGGUUAUAUAUGAGUUCACGAAGAGUUUUGUACUUUUCCUGGUAACUAGUUUUGGAACACAAGUACAAAUGCCGAAAUGGUCGAAUAUAUACUAACAUGGUAAGAAGUAAAUUUGACUUGCCAGCACCACUAGGUCCAAACAUACCGCAACGGAUGACAUCAGGGAACAUUUCCACCUUACGAUGUGGUUUUCUUACAUUAUUAUCAAAAUUAAUAACAUUAAUGCUGUUUUUUAAUUUUUGGGAACUCAUAUUAUCUUUGUUGUAUCACAAUGCUGGUAAUUGAUACUUCUAUUUAUAGAUUGAGGUUUACACAUUUGCUCUCAAAUUAAAAGACAGGAAAUGAGUCAUCUGCUAUUUUCAUCUUAUCAGAAUGGCAAUUAGCAACACAUUGAAGCACAGGAAAUGAGUCAGCAUAACAUAAAUUAUCAACCAUUUUUAUCUUAUCUCAAAUCAAACUAUUAAAAAAAUGAGUCAUCAUUGCUAUUUUUAUCUUAUCAGGAUAGCAGCACAUCAAAGCACAGGAAAUGAGUCAGCAUUCUAUAAAAUAUUAUCAACAAUUUUAAUCUUAUCUUGAAUUUUUAUCUUAUUAGAAAGGCAGCAUUCCCUUUGAUCUUGAUUUUUGUUUUGUCUAGCAAGAAUUCUCAGAAACUCUUAUCUUAUCAACAGAUAUGUUGCGCAAUAAUUCUUAGAAACUCUUAUCUUAUCAAUAGGAAAUGAGUCAGCAUUCCAUAAAUUAUCAACAAUUUUAAUCUUAUCUUAAAUUUUUAUCUCAUUAGGAAGGCGGCAUUCUCUUUGAUCUUAAUUUUUGUUUUGUCUAGCCAGAAUUCUCAGAAACUCUUAUCUUAUCAACAGACAUGUUGUGCAAUAAUUCUUAGAAACUCUUAUCUUAUCAACAGGAAAUGAGUCAUCAUUUUAACAUGUAUUUAUAGAUUUUCCAUUACCCCCACUCUUUUUCAACAUACCCCCACUCUUUUUAUUUACUCUAUCUGUGGUUAAGAAAAGUAUAAAUAGAGGUCCCAAGCACAAAUUUCUCAUUAUGUUUUUAAAAUGCCGUGCAACACAGUUGUUAAUUGUGAUAGUUCGUUAGUUAAUAAUUGUAACAGUUCAGUGAUUGAUAGUAAUUGUUCGGUAAUUGAUCGUAAUUGUUCGGAAGUUAUUCGUAAUUCUUCGGUGAUUGUUUGUAAUUGUUCGGUAAUUGAUUGUAAUUGUUCUGAAGUUAUUCAUAAUUCUUCGGUAAUUGAUCGUGAUUGUUCGGUAAUUGUUCGUAAUUGUUCGGUAAUUGAUCGUGAUUGUUCGGUAAUUGUUCGUAAUUGUUCAGUAAUUGAUCGUGAUUGUUUGUGUAUUGUCUGUCUAACAUAGCUUGAGCUGAAUUGUGUCAUUUGCAUAAGCCGAAUUCCAACAAAUUUUUCAUGAAUUUUUCCAAAUUUUUUUGGUUCCCAAAAUUUUUUAGAGAGUAAAAAUUGUUGGCUAUGUUUAUUUUGCAUGUUUAUUUAUGGCUGAUUGGCUGGGAAAAGAUUUAUUGAAAUAAAUCAAGAUAAAAGCUAAUCAAUUUGGGAAACCCUUCUGUUAUUCCUUUUUGGCUUCCAUAAAAUGCAACUGACACAAUUCAGCUCAAGCUAUGUUGGACGGACAAUACUGAUCGUGAGUGUUCAAGUAUAAAUCAUAAUAAUCCGUGUAUUGAUCGUGAGAGUUCGGGUAAUAUUUGUGAUAAUUCGCGUGGUUUAAAAAGAAAAAUUGUUUCGGUCAGUGAUAUCAAUGUUGAAAACCUUCCAAUUAAGAAGCGUAUACUACAACGAUAUACAGCUUCUAAUCAAGAUGAAGUUGAACCAACACAGAAUAUCUACUUUGGUGGAGGAGUUGAUGGUAAUACCACUGUUAAUAUUACUACCAGUGAUGCUGCUGCUCCAACUGAUGAGAUUUCCAAGGUAGGCGAUUCUUCAGACAUUGAUAAUGAUGAUGAUAAUGACCAUGACGACUAUACAUCACUGGAAUAUAUUAAAGUGAAAGAAAUCAACUCCCAAAUCACCAAGAGAAUGGGUGUACAGUUCCGGGAUUAUGAAAUGCAACUGAAAAAAGAUGUUGAAAAACUGCCACCAGUUGACCUCAUAACCAAAUCACUUGAAGAGAUGCUGAAUUUUUCCAAACAACAGUCACAGUUCCGGAAAGGUGAUAAAAUUGAUCUCGGGGUAAGUAACCCUCAAUUCGGCCAUCGCUAUAUUUCCACGGGUUAUAGAAAAGAAGAUGAUCAUAUUGACGCAUUAAAGGAGAAAUUAAUGCAAAUUCUCACUUCGGAUGGGACUGUUGAUCUCUUCAAAUGUACAUUCAACGUACACACAAUAACCAUGCCACAUGGUGGAGCAAGAACACGUAUAGUUAACCUGGCCAAAGAUUUACACACAAAGAAAAGUGUUGUUGAAAUUAGAAAUAAUGAUAACUUGUGUGGACCACGAGCCAUCAUUGUGGGACUCACCUAUUAUCAGAAUAAUAUUCUUGGUCGUCAGUUAGAAUCCUCUCAUAUUAAAACCAUCAGAAUGGGUAGACUGAUUCAGAAAGAACUGGCUGAAGAAUUGUGUAGACAUAUCGGAUAUAAUUUGGAAGAUACUGAAACUGGUUUUACCCUCAAAGAUUUCAAGAAAGUUGAAGAAAAACUUGACAUUCAAAUAACAGUGUUAAAUGCAGAUUUCAACAACAGUGUAUGCUACAGAGGUGAUGAAAAAGAUGUUAAGAUACAUCUCUACAAGCAAGGUGAACAUUAUGACACAAUCACCAACAUGAAAGCCUUCUUUGGGUCUAAAAAUUUCUGUGAAAAAUGCCUAACAUCAUAUGCAAAGAAAGAUAAACAUAUCACCUGUGUGAAAGGUGCCAAAUGUUAUCUAUGCAGAGAUGUGAAACACGACCCUGAAAGUAUCAGGCGUGUUUUUUGUAAAGAUUGUAAUAGAUACUGCAUGAAUGAACAGUGUCUGAACCAGCAUAAAUCAUUUGUAUGCAAAACAUGGUACAAAUGUAAGACUUGUAAUGAGCUUGAGAGACAUGAUAAUGCAGAAAACCAUAAGUGUGGUUACGCCAAAUGCCGGAACUGCAAGCAAAUUGUGGAGAAAGCAACUCAUAAAUGCUACAUGACAAUGACAAGCGCCAAGGGAGGAAAAUGUGAAGGAGGCUGCCAGAACUGUGAUCCAACAUCAAAGAUAAAAAAUAAAAAGUGUACCUACACCGAAAAGUAUAUUUUCUUCGAUUAUGAAGCUCAGCAAGAGACAGGUCAACAUAUACCAAACCUGAUUAUUGCUCACGAUUUUUCUGGAAAUGUCUACAGCUUCAAUACUAACGAUGACUUCUGUGCAUGGCUCAUUAGUAGAAAGCAUAAAAACUACACCGCUAUAGCUCAUUAUGCACGAGGAUAUGAUGCCCAUUUCAUUCUUCAGUAUUGCCUAAAACAAACAAUUUUACCUAAGACAAUUUAUAAUGGCAGCAAGUUAAUGGAACUGAAGAUCAAGACCCUCAAAUUACGUAUCAUCGAUAGUCAUUGUUUUGUUCCAUCGGCACUUUCAGACUUUCCAAAGACUUUUGCACUAACUGAAUUGCAUAAGGGAUACUUUCCUCAUUUAUUCAACACUGUUGAAAAUAAGAAUUACAUCGGAAAAAUACCAGAUAAGAGAUUCUACUGCGCAAAUCGUAUGAAACCUGAUGCUCGAAAAAAAUUUGUCGAUUGGCAUAAUGCAAGAGUUGCUGAAGGCUAUCAAUUUGAUAUGCAAAAAGAGCUCUUUGCCUACUGCAAUUCAGAUGUGGAUAUUUUACGACGUGGAUGCUUACAACUUCGAAACGACUUCCUGGGUAUUGCUAACAUUGACCCCUUUUGUUAUAUCACCAUUGCCAGUGUAUGCAUGGCUACUUAUCGUAGCAUGUACCUGAAACCCAACACCAUAGCUGUCCUCAACAAGGAGUUGAGUGAUCAGUUCUCAGACAUUUCACUCAUGUGGUUGAAAUCUCUCAGCAAUAGCGAAAAUAUUGCUUAUGCUGGUAAUGGUGGUGAAGUAUCCUUAUGUGGUGUUAAAGUUGAUGGUUUUGAUAGUGAUACCAACACUGUGUACCAAUUCCAUGGGUGUUUCUGGCAUGGUUGUCCAGAUUGUUACAACGAAGAAACUGUCAAUAAGGUAAACAAUUACAGCAUGGGUGAUUUAUACCAGAAGGCAAUGGAUCGUACCGAACAACUGAGACUAGCUGGAUUUACUGUCAUAGAAAUGUGGCAAUGUAAAUGGUUAAAAUCAACCGAAUAUCGUAAUUACAAGGCCAGCAACAUUACCCAACAAAUCACCAACCCCCUCAACCCACGAGAUGCCUUCUUUGGAGGUAGAACCGAAGUUUUCAAGUUGAAGAAAGCAGUUGAUGGUGUGAAUGAAAAAAUCAACUACAUCGAUGUAUGUUCAUUGUAUCCCACGGUAAUGUAUUAUGACGAUUAUCCAGUUGGACAUCCUACGAAGAUUUAUUCACCUGCCAAUCAUGAUCCGAGUUGGUUUGGUUUCAUAAAAUGUAGAAUCUUGGCUCCGUAUGAUCUGAUCAUUCCUCUGUUACCUGUCAAAGUCAUGAUGAAUAAAACUGAGAAACUACUUUUCCCAUUAUGCUUGAAAUGUGCUAUUGAAAGUCAAAGUAGAUGUGAACACUCCGCUACCGAGCGUCAAUUUGUUGGUACAUGGUCGACAGUUGAGGUUAACAAGGCCAUCGAAGUUGGAUACCAGGUCAAUACCACCUAUAGUAAAAGGCCUGAGCGCUGAAUCGUUAUCACCUUCUGACGUCACACCUUAAGGGGACUCGAUUGUGUUUACCAUUUGAAUUUUAACGUAUGAUUAAAUGGCGAAUUCGUGAAAUUGAGUAAAACUUUCGUUGAAAAAGUUAUUAAAAUGAUAAAUAAUUAAUUAAAUUCGUUCUAAGAUGUGGUACAGUGAUGAAAUAUUGUUGUUUUCAAUCAUUGGUGGUGUUGGUUUACUUUCUUUUUGUACAAAAACGAAUUUUUCGCAAUCUGUUGUGUUGUGUGAUUUGAACAUGUAGAUAUCAAGUGAAUUGAAAAAUGAAAACUAAUGUGUGUAUGUGCUUGUGUUUUACUCUUAACUGGAAUAAUGUCAUAGUGAAAUGAAUAGACCUGAACCAUAAAAUCUACAAUGCGUUUUAAAUCUGCAUAUUAUUGAGUACAACAAUCCAAUCCAACUACAAAGUGAAAGUACAAUGGAUAAUCUAAUCAAGAAACCAUUAACGGCAUUAACCAUCAACAUCUCAAAACUGAAACCAAUUAGCUGAAAGUGUUCUAGUCAUUAAUUUAUCACUCAAGUUGGUUAUCAUCAAUCACAUUGCUGCUGAAGAAACUGUGUGGUUUUCCGUUUUUUACCUGUGUAGUUGAAAUGGAAUUGGAAAUGGAAUACAUACUUCGGAAUAGAGUCAAGAGUGUUGAUAUCAUUUAAUUUUUGUGGGAUUUUGAUGAAUUAAGGAUUAUUUGACAAAUAUUUCAUUCGAUUUCACCAGUGAGUUGUAUAAUAUCCUUCAGAAGGUAUAAUUUUGUCAAGUUUAUGCAUUAUUUUCAUCUUUAAUGUUGAAAAACAAUGUUGUUUAACCUCGUUUUUUUAUUUUUGUUUUCAUUUAAAUCAUUCGUAGGUGAUCUUAAAUUCAUUAUGCAUGUGAAUAAAAUAUGAAAAAUAAAAUUUUCACCGGAUUUAAUUCGUUGGAGUGCAUUUUUCUUUCAUUUCUAUAGUGUAUUACCAUAUGUUAGAUAUGUAAGUAUUCCCCUUUAGUGAUGACGUCACAAAACAGCGCUCAGGCCUUUUACUAUAGGUGGUAUUGACCAGGUUCAAGAAAUCUACGAAGUCUGGCAUUUUGAAAAAUCCAAUGAAAUGUGGCAGGAGUACAUCGGUGCAAUGAUGAAAAUCAAGCUGGAAACCAGUCCACAUGGCUACUCUACUAACACGGAAUAUGCUCAAGCAGUGGAAGAACACUACAACAUCAAGUUGGAUAUCGACCAGAUAAUACCCAAUCCAGGCAGAAGAGCCGUUGCGAAAUUGUGUUUGAACUCCCUUUGGGGAAAAUUUGGUCAACGGUUGAACAUGAGCCAAACAGAAUAUCUCACCGAUCCUAAUCAGCUUUAUAAACUACUACUUGAUGACCGUUUGGAAAACUUGCGUCUUGAAUAUGUGUCCGAAGAAAUGGUUCAAGUGAACUACAGGCAUAAGGAUACAUUCAUCGAAGACAACUGCAAAACCAAUAUUUUUGUUGCUGCAUACACCACAGCUAAUGCAAGACUUCGAUUGUAUGAUUUACUUCAUGAAAUCGGUGAUGCUGCCCUCUACUGCGACACUGAUUCGAUUAUCUAUGUAGAUAAUGGUCUAAAUACAGUAAAAACCGGUGAUUUACUUGGCCAAUGGACUAAUGAACUCGGAGAUGGUGUGUACAUAACCAAAUUUCUAUGUACAGGUCCAAAAUCGUAUUAUUACAUCACCAAUACUGAGAAAGAGUGUACGAAGGUGAAAGGAUUCACCCUCAACUUUGCAAAUGCCAGGCAUAUUAAUGGUAAGGCCAUGGAACGAAUGCUUGAACGUGAACUUCAUUGUGUCUGUGUUACCAAUGUAAAUAUCACACGUAAUACCAAUACUAAACAACUUACUACUGUGUAUCAACCCAAAAAAUUCACCUUUGAAUUCAAUAAACGCUUGAUUCGUAAAGACUUUUCAACCAUACCUUAUGGAUACAAGCAAUCCCUUCAAAAAAAUAAUGUAUGAAUUUUUAAAAAUGAUGUAUAAAUUUUUAAAAAUAAUGUAUUACUUUUUCUUAAAGAUAUGUAACAAAAAUUAUUGUAAAAAUUUUUAAAAUGAAAAAAAAAGGAAAAAAAGGAAAAUGUGAAAAAAAAACAAAGAAAAAAAUGAAAAAGAAAAUGUGAAAAAAAAAAAUAAAAAAAAUAAAAAAAAAAUAAAAAUAAAAA